UACUCAGUUUAAAGGUGAUUAAGUGACGUGCGCCAUUUUCGUUUUGUGAAUAACUCGAGAAAUAUGUGAAUUUUGGACUUUUUUAAGACUAUUUCGAGUGACUUUUUCAACGAUAAAAGGACUGUAAUAGUGUGUACUAAUUAUUUAGUACUUAUAUAUACACGCAACAGUGGAUUAUAUUAAAUAUUAAUAUCGUGAUAUCUGGCAGCCAUUUUUACUGUCACCCAGGAAUUAUCGUCAACAAUCUUGGAUAAACUAGCCAUAUAAAAUUACACUAUAAACUGAUUUGUACACUCUAUGACCGAAGUAUAUAAAAAUGCAUCAUCCGUCACAGUGCAAAAAAAUAAUGUAUCUCGCGAUUUCGGGAAUAAUUCAGCCGGGAAUGUGAAAAGAAACAUGAUCGUCUUACUGUUGUGUGUGAUGAUGAAAAUCGUGGAAUACGGGGGUGGGAAUACCCCCCAAAAUCAGCAAAAUAGGCCGAAGUGUAAGAGGUAUAGGAGACAACAUCGGAGAAGACAUGAACAUAAAGGCAAAGGCAUGAGUGAGUUGGGGGUGCCUCGCAUGAGCCCUGACUCAGACUGCAAUAGCAACCUAAAAGGCUCCAGCCUCAGCAUAGCCUCUUCCCAAGAUAUUGAGUUUGUACAGGACAAUUCUGAUUAUCAAUGGUUUUUGGAUUAUGGUUACAGAGAUGGCUGCACGAACCACCACACGAGCAUCCUCUCAAUACCGGAGUCAUACGAAGCAGGAGACAACUAUUACGACGCCAUGGCCAAGAACAUGGACGCAAAUCUCGCGGAAGCCGAUAUGGAAAGUUUCAAAACUGAGGACAUUCACGCUUUGCUGACUAACCUGCCUCCGAUGUGCACUGACCACCUCAGCCAAGAGACGAACAGACAGGGUGAAUCUUUUGCCGAGGUGUCCGGUUCGAUGAUGGUGAAAUUUAAUCUGGAUAGUUUUGUUAGCCCCCAUGGCAGUUCUCAGGGGGAUGACUGUUCAGCAAAUUCCACCUCAAUGUCCAUAUGCAAAUCGGAACUUCUCUUCAGUCCGGUAAAGGAAACUCCAAUGCCAUGUGCCAAUUUUUCAGUCGAUUCAUUAGAUUGCGAUCUGCACGACAUGAUGCUCACUUGUCAAGCUAACAAAGAUAAUUAUACCAUUGCCUUUGAAGGAUCCGUUACUACAUAUAGCGAAGAAAGCGACUAUCAUGAUACAGAUAAGAGCUCUUCAAACCAAUCCGGCAGCUUGAACGCAGAAAUGAACCAGAAAAAUCGCAACUUAACCGACAAGAUAUUGGAGAGGUCUAUGACCCAGUCUGAUUCAAGCAGUUUCACCACUUGGAGCAAACUGAAGAAAAGGAACAGCGACGACCAUCUACGAAGACCAUCUGGUAACAAUAACAAUUCAGAAGACGAGAGUAACCAUUUAGUGUUGAGUGAUACGGCGCUUAAAAGUCAAAGUAUGCCGAAUUUGAGAAGGCAAAAAGUGAGGAAAGUGGCUAAUUUUAAGGACGAAAAUAGUCUAAGUAAUAGUUCGAUCGAAAAUACGAUAAAAAGACGCCCAGUAAAAGUGUUCGAUAUCCACCAUCAAACACAGCAGAGCAGCAGCGGUAGUGUCGCUUCAUUUUCCGAUAUGGCAACGUCGGUCGAUGGCUCUAGUAUGGGCGAUGGUACUAAUAAACAUCCGAAUUUCAGUUUGGUUAAAUUGUUUAUGAAACAGAAGAGUAUGAGUCAAGAAGGUAUGUCCCUAACAACUGAUCAGCUGUCUUCUUCUGAAAACUGGCAUGCCUCUCAAAGCGGUGAAAGUUCGGGCUCGGAAAAUAAACAUUCAGCCAAAAGUAUGGAUCUGAGCGUUAACUCUAAAGGGGGAGUGUAUGAUCUUAUCGCCGAAGAGCCUGAAGAUAAUUCCGCUAGUGAAUCGAUAGAACAGCUCAGCGAGAGUGUGUCCAUUGAAGGGAGUUACAAAAAAGAUAGUGGUGUUAGUGAGAAUAUUAAUGAGCCUUCAGUUCAAAAGGAAAUAAGAAAACCGCUUAGUCCGAAACAUAAGAGGCUCCUUAGUAAAACUUCACAUCUCGACCGUAGCAUUCAAACCUCCCAAUUUUCCGAAAUAACUAACUUGAAAAACGCGACGAAACACCGAUCUCCCUUUUACCAGUCACCGAUAAAAAUGAUCGAACCCUCUUUCCUCAGCAAACUAAAGGAGGAGGGCGAAAUGCAGAAGCCAGUAUAUGUGCUUUAUCCGAAUUAUGUGCUACCCGAUUUGGAGUUUCUAAAUGAAAAGAACGAUAUCAAAAAUAUUCUAGUUAUGCCCCAAAACGCUCCCAGGGUUCCCAUCGGACAAAAGCAAAGGCCAUUUAGUUUUAACGACGUGGAGAUGUUAAAGAGGAAAGGGUUUACGCACGUGAAGGAUUGGGAUUCUUUGAAUAUUUUGUUGCCACAGGAGUACAGGAAGAUUUUAGCCGAUGUGCCCGAGAUUUCAGGACAUAUUAAGAUCGGGGGAAGUUUAAGAGAAAAACCAUCGUUUCUGAGAUGUAAAAAGCCAUCGCUGAAUGACACAACUACAAUACCAAACAACAUAUCAUCUAGCUCUAGUACUGCUACUCAACCUAGUAGCGGAUAUCGCGGCUCUUCCAGCUUACUAACAGAUUCUCAAAAUAGUCCGGCCGCUCAGAGUAACAAUAAUCCUUUGUUCGUUUAUCGGUAUGAUAGCGUUACUAGUUCGGAGGCAAGCCUGAUUAAUGGCGAAAAACUCCCUCACUGUAUAACAACUACCCCUCAAGCAGGCGUAAAAUGCGUAAACUCCUUACCUCAAGAAAAUCGUUCAAACAAAUCUCCGUACAUUAGAGGGAUUUUAAGAAAAGCCGAAAUAAAUAAGAGGUUCAGCGUGUACGAACCUAGCGAGGAGGAUUUAACUGGCAAUGAUACUACCUAUAAUAAACGGCGAUCCCUCCCGGAUCCCUAUUAUUUAAAUCGGAUGAAGAGAUUCUCGGAAACUGAAGACGAAGGUGUGGACGCAGGCACUUCUAGUAGCAGUUUGGACGAAAAAGAGAGUUUGUCGAACAGGAACGAUUUUCUCCUACCUCACGGGGGUUCAGAUGAACUAAUGCAACUAGAAGAGUAUUUGAAAUUAAGCGGAUUUUCAUCCACUGACGAGGAUAAAACAGAGGAAAAUUUGCUGCAGCUGCGCAGUUACGUCAGCAAGUUUUUGGCUUUAAAAAUUAAUCAGGACGACUCCGAACAUUUCGGCGGCAAAAAAUGCGUGAGCUUCGCUGAAAAAUCUGGCAGCACAAGACAUUUGGACGCCAAGUUGGCCAAUAAUCCACCGAAUAAUUCUCCGAACGUUUCGGCCUUUUUACAACAGCGAAAUUUCCAGACGAAAACAGUUGCCGACAUGACAAUUUGUGAGGAAAACGAAAAUAGUCCGAACUAUUCUAGUCCGCAAGCGACGCCGGUUCACUUAUGCAAAACCCCUUCGGAUUAUUAUGUGCAAAAACGAUCUCUUAUUAAUGGGGUGAUGGAUGCGGUCGAUCAAAUUAUGCAGCAUUUUUCACCAGCUAGUAAUCAACAGGAACUUAAUACUCUUGGCGAUUCGAGCGUGAACCCCUCCUGCGCCAAACUGGCUCUAACGACCCUGUGUCCGGCCCUUUACGCCGUUUUAAGCGACGGCCUAAAGCCUUGCUUAGAAACUAGCUUUGGGGCCAUAAAUAACUCCGUGUGGCAGGUGGUGGAGGCCUCCUCACAACAGGGCCCCCUUACCAAAGCCCUUAAUGAUUUGGUAAUGCGGAUCAAUAGUGAGGACGUUAUAAGUGAGGGAUUAGUAAAAUUUAAUGCCUUCAUUUUCGGACUCUUGAAUGUUCGUUCACUAGACGCAUGGACAAGUUAUUUAAGGACUAGAGAGAGCAUAUUGAAAAAACACUACACCGCAGAUUCCUUAUUGGUACUAUCACAUACAGGCGGUACUAAUCUGAGAACUAUGUUGGACACGAUGGUGGCGGCGUUGCAACCUUUGGCAUUUCUACCCUUUCAGUUUGAUUUGUUAUUUGAAUAUAAACAAUUGCAUCUCAGUUUUAAGAGGAUGGAUUCGUAUAAUCAGCCUACCAGUCCUACGUUGAAGCAUUCUACAUCACCGAGCUUCAAACAGUUCUUCUCGGCCAAAUACACGCAAUCUCCCAAAUCCAAUAGCAGAUCAAACUCAGAAUCAGACGUUAUUUCUGCUGUUACACUAAGAAACAUAUCUGAGGCGUCCGGAUACAAAGAGAGACCGCGCAGCAGCUGCGUUGAACCUGGAAUGUUAAACUUCAAAUUGGGCGAAGACGUUAAUAACGUUGCGAAAAAACGAUGGUCAAGUAUUGCCACAAACUCCAAACUCUUCCAAGUUUAUGAUCGAUUGGCAAAAGAUGACGAAGAGUACGCGGACAGCUUGGAAACCACUCAAGGUUCACCAAAGAAAGAAAGACCCGCGCAGUUAAAAACUAACGAGCCUGAAUCGUUGGAUUCGAAUUAUGCCGAUGAUAAGCCGAUAAAUGGAAGGAGGUUCAAGAAGUUACAGCAAAAGUGGGAGAUGUUAAGUAAGGAGUCAGUGGAUAAAGAGUCGCCUCCGCCUAGUCCUACACAUGUGGGGAACAAAUCAAAGAUUCCAAGGCCCAUAACAUCUCCUGUCAGGCCCUCUGGCAUACCAGUCCUAGUUUCACCAGCGACCAAACUGACAGCCAGUAAAAUUCCCUCGAAUAUCGCCACAAAACAGCUAAAAGGUGCAGUGAAAAACUCACCAGCUAAAAAACCCGGUUCUAGAACGAGUAGGGUUGACCAGGUGGAGGGAACCCACGCCGUUCAGAGGCCGAGUAGUUUACCGUAUAACAAACCAUCGACGGUGAACGGGAUGCAAUCCAAAGGGGUGCCGCAGAGGAGGGCGGCGAGUAGUUCGUUGAGUAGACGUCCGAUUUCGGUGGUUGGAGCGAGGAAAACGAGUACUCCAAAAACAGUCCGGACGUUGAAUCACCGCCUGCCAUCCGAAAGCGGACACCUAUCAUAUAACGAGGGCGAAAUACUCAAAGUCGUCCUCGAGGUGGACGAUAAAUGGCUGUUAUGUGCACGUGGCACUCAAAAAGGUCUCGUGCCCAAAUCGGCCGUUAUACCCGACACCGAAAAGUUCUGAUAAAAACUGUACUGAAGGUUUGUACUUCUCCGAUUUUUCCCCCGAGUUAAGAGCCUCCUAGGUGAGCUCCGAUGGUGAUGUGGUUUUUCGCUUUCGGUGAAUAACCCCUUUCGAAUAUCCUUUUUUAAGUAUAUGGAAUAUAUUUUACUAACAUAAAAUGCUUUUAAACAAAAAUAUAUAAUGCUCAAAAUGGAUACAGUCAUAUGUGUGUACUGAUCCGGCCAGUUUAGGGGGGCAAAAACAAGAGUAAAUCUAGUCAAAAAAUCAAAGCAGUACAUACACUACGUGAACAAGCGAGUUACCUCUGAUUAAAUGUAAAGAAAACCCAAGCUAGACUGGUGUUGUGAUGUAUUAUAAAAUAGCUUUAAGCGAGUAUUUAUUUAAAGAUGGACUUCAUUCACUCAUUCAUUUGCACGUUCUAUGUGUCUGUCUGUCGGCUAGAGCUUUAACUAUACAUCAUUAUAUAUAUAUACUUUCAGUUACCGCGCGCGCUUUCUCGUCAUUGUUACUAACAUAUUUUGAUUUUAUAUAUAAGAUAAUUAGAGUAUAUUAUAUAAUUAUAGGCUAGAAAAUGGCUACUGUAAUUGGCUUCCUAACUUUUUUUUUCCGUAAACAAAUUUUAUUGCUUUGGUUGGCUCCAAGGGUUUUGAUUUAUAAGUUUGGCUGCUUCUGUUUAUCAAUUUUUGGGUAACCUUUACUAUUUUAUUUAUUCUUAUUGUCGAUCCAUGUUGAUUUAUUUUUCGCCUAUUUUAGAUAUUGUGUACCUACUCAGUAUUUUUUAGCCUUUUUCUAUUUCAUCCCGACGAACCCUUAACGCAUAAAGUUCGUCGCAAAAUUAUCACAUUUAAAAAUCAACCAAAGCAAACGUAUUAACCUAACGUAUAUUUCCUCUAAUUUGACCUAUAUUAUCAUAGUAUAGUACAAUUGCUGCGUUUGGCUUAAAACCCGAACCUGGCUCCUAAAAAGUAUUAUUACAAAAAAAUUAUAUAAUUUAAAAAAUUACAAUAAAACGAUAAUAAAUUACACACAAUAUAACUAAUGCUUAAAAAAUAGACAUAAGUUAUGACUUUUACUUUUUUUAAUAAUAUGAUUUUCAAGUGUUUAAAAAAAAGUCUAUAUCUUUCAACACUGUUGCUUAAAUUACUAACAAAACUACUUGGGUUUGGUGGUUGGGUCUGCACUUAGUUUAAAUACAGAAUUUGUAUAAAGAAAACAUUCCAAAUACUCUAAAUAUUAUUUAAAACCUUAAAUUAUGAUAUUUACCCCCACAUAAAACUUACCUUCCGUCAAAGUGGUCUUAGAGUCUCAUUUUUAUUGGUUAAUCACAUCCUAAUCCUUGCAUGCUAACAUGUUUCAGACCUAGUUUAACUUAAUCGUCACUGGUAAAACUGAGGUUUAGGGCUGCUUUUCACCCUUCCUUGCAUGCUAACAUGGUUUUGAUAUCAUAAUAUGGGGUGAUUGAUUCUGUAUUUUAACUUGACUGGGUUUUACUAGAAAUUUUUGGUAAUUUCUAUGUAAACGGGCACUUUUUAGCACUGGCACAGUAGAUAUGCUACUCUUAUUUGAAGAAUGAGGGUAGGAUGGGUUGUGUGCUCCAAGUAUUAAAAUAAUACCUAGGAUCCACCAUUAUAGCCCUAGUAUCUCUAUCUUUAUUUCUUCACUAAUUUUUUCAUAGAAGCACCUACUAACAUCCCUUUUUACUAACAUUUACCUAACUAAGCUUCGGUGUUGGAUUUUUUUCACUUUUUAUUAACGCAAACUUUCGUAAAUGAUUACAGAUACUUCUUACUAAACAAAAUUGAGGGGAAGCAUAAUACCUGCAGUAUAGUAAGAGUGUUAGAUAUUAUUUGCCUUUUAUAUGUAUAUAUUGAAAUAACCAUUUAUUUGGGUGUUUUUCCCUUAAAAUAACAGGAUUUGCAUUAUAUUCAAAUAUAUUAUUCGAUCGAUCGAUGAUUUACGCGAAUAAUAACGAUCGAGUUGUGAUUCCAAACCUAACUUUAAGUUUUUUUUUUAUACAUGUAUACAUUAUUAUUUCUGUAUUUGUUAAGAUAUUUGUUUGUGCCAUAUUGACUUCGUCAAAUUUCUUUUUUUUUUGUUGCUGGAUAGCGUUUUAUUUACAUUUGUAUAUUUACUUUACUACGUACUAUUUUUUAGUUUUAAAUCGUAAUGAUUAUUAGCAAAUAAAGCGUAAUGAUUACUAAACAGA